CUUGAGAUAUCCAUUGGUCUAUAGGGGUCCAUGUCUUCGCAUAUGGAGUGGAUAUGUUGGGCGUCCAGUGAGGUGACACCAGAAAAUACUGUGGGUGUAGCCACGAGAUGUAAAGGAGACAACCUGGUGUUGCGGGAGCCAAGUUUGGCCAGCACGUCUUUGUGUUUCGCAAUGGCGAAUCCGUAGCAAGCACAUCCGUGCCGGCCACAGGGAGCUGAAGGAUCGUCUGCUUGUGACCGCUGACUCAGGUGUGAUUCUGACCAACCUCUCUUCCAGCGAUCAUGGCUUAUACCGUGUUGAUGUGAAAAUAUCUGAUAACGAGACAAGAACACACAACAUCAGACUAGUGAUAGGAGAGCUACCAGAGACCGUUGACGGGAAGCUGAUGAUCAUGGCUAACUCCUAUAAUGACACAGUCAUCCGUCUGAUGUGUGGGACUUUCACAUCACUGGGCUAUCCUCCUGUUUCAGCCAUCUGGAAGGAUCCAACGAGUCAGCUGUUGGCCAGUACAGGAUUCACAGAACAGUACUUUACACUUGACUUACCUGUGGAAGUUGCCAAAUCUGGUCGCUACUGUUGUCAGCUUGACUGUCGUGGUCCCACCGAAUGUUGUCUUGACGACCAGUCACCUCUCAGACAAUGUGCAGCAGUCGACCUGCCGAGUGGCAGCAAGGACAGAGUCACGACUGAUGAAUCAGUGAAGAAUUUCAUUAAUGUUGUUCAAGAGUUAGACAAGACACACCGACGUGACAACUUGCAAGAGGCGUGACCGCCAUAUACUACAGAGUUGAAGAAGCACCACGUGCCCAGCGAGAUGUUUGCACUGACAAAGCAGCUAACUUUUCAGGAGAAAGUAAUAAUGUCCACAAAACAGAAGAAGAUAUCAAAUAUCUGUACAAUCUGAACAAGACGAUGGACGAAUUUGGUUCCAAAAUUCAAGACAGCAUCGAAACCUUUAAUAAAUCGGUCAGUACUCAUUGUCUCAAGAUUGACAGACAAACAGAUAAACUAGAGGUCCUGACGGAAGCAAUGAAUGAACAACAACGCAAGACAGAAGCCUGGAUGUCCUUGAUGUCGAACGAACUAAAACAGAUAAAAAGCAGUUUAACGGAGACGUGGACGUCCAAGACAGCAGACCAGCUGAACGAUCUCAAGAGCAACUUCUCGACAAUUGCAAAGAUCUUGGUUGCCCUCGAAACAAAAACAGACACUUGGGUAUCGGAGAUCAGGAAUAAAGUAAUAGCCAUUGAAAAUAUCUUGCAGGUGCUCGAUGGGAAAACAGUGGAGCUUAAUCAGACUGCACAACUGACUCUUUCGUCGCUUAUGAGAGCUCGUUGCCAGGAUAAGGGGUAUACCCUGUAUGAAGGACGGUGUUGGAAGUUCUAUCCUCUCAAGUAUCACUAUGCUCAGGCAGAGAGAGUCUGUAGAGAAGACAAGGGUCAUCUGGUGCAUCUGAAGUCACGUGCACAGGACGUCCAGCCCUUUCUUGAUUUCCUGGCCAAGCAGGGGAAACACCUGGACAGCCAGUGGGCAAACUGUGUGUGGAUGGGCGCUGACGACAUUAAACGGAGGGUACCUUCGUCUGGACUGAUGGACACUCCUACCUACAGACUCAGACCUCUGGAUGAAUGCUCAACCAGACGAUUAUAAAGAGAGAGAGGAUUGUGUUCAUGCUUGCUACUUUGACUCUCUGGUUUUUAAUGACUAUAUUUGUUCAGGGUUUUGGACUUCGUUUGUGAAAUUGAUCUGUAGACAGCAGUAUGCACAACUGUAUGUGCUAUAAAAUUCUGCACAUGCUUCCUUAAACUUGCAUAAUUACUUACCAUACAGAUAAAGUAUAAAUAAAUCACAAAUAAG